GGCGACGGUCGGGGCAUUUCAGCAGCAGGAUCUCUCUCUCACACACCUCCUCCCCAGAGCUGGGGGCAGAUCGAUGCUGAGACAUUUCAGAUGGCUGAAUGUGAAUGCAAACGGGGAAUAAAAAAAUGUCCAGCAUAAUAAGAGGAUCUGCAGACGCUCCUUUAUUCUGAUGAAUGAAAGCGACCUCGCCGCGGCGGAUGCGAGCGUGUAAGUGAUGCUGCGUCCACAACUGUGACUUGAGAGGCAGGAAAACGCAUCCCUUUGGAACCAGCACCGGAGGCAGUGGCGUCAAUUCAGUCGAAGCUAAGCCAAAGUGUGGCGGCUGCCAUACCUUGCCAUACCCAAUUGACGGCCCUGACCGGAGGAUAUGGUCCCCGGGGCCCCCACCACCACGACCACCACCACCAUGCUGCCAGCCUCCGAGGCGGCCAAGAUCUACCAGACCAACUACGUGCGCAACUCCCGCGCCAUCGGCGUGCUGUGGGCGAUCUUCACCAUCCUCUUCGCCAUCGUCAACGUGGUGUGCUUCAUCCAGCCCUAUUGGAUCGGGGACGGCGUGGACAGCCCGCAGGCGGGCUACUUCGGGCUCUUCCACUACUGCAUCGGCAACGGGCUGUCCCGGGACCUGACCUGCAAGGGCAGCUUCACCGAGUUCAGCAGCAUCCCCUCCGGAGCCUUCAAGGCUGCGUCCUUCUUCAUCGGCAUGUCCAUGCUGCUGGUCCUCACCUGCAUCGGAUGCUUCGCGCUCUUCUUCUUCUGCAGCACCGGCACCGUGUACAAGAUCUGCGGCUGGAUGCAGCUGGCUGCAGGUACGUGUCUGAUCCUGGGCUGUAUGAUCUACCCUGACGGCUGGGACAGCGACGAGGUGAAGCGGAUGUGCGGCGAACAGACGGACAAGUACACGCUGGGCGCAUGUUCUGUGCGCUGGGCCUACAUCCUGGCUAUCAUGGGCAUCAUGGACGCCCUCAUUCUCUCCUUCCUGGCAUUCGUUCUGGGCAACCGUCAAGACAAUCUGAUGUCCGAGGAGCUGCUGGGAGACAAGAGCAGAAAUAAUGCGAUAUAACCUCUGGAAAUAGUAAAGCAGCAACUUUCUUGGGUCUUACAGCCUAAAUGUGAUGUUACUUCAUCUCUUGGCCCGGUCGCUGGCUGGGAUGCACAGCUGAUGUGUUGGGAAUCAUCAGAUCGAAGAAGAUGAGGAGAUGGUCCAGAAGAGGUCACGCGACUGCGUUGGAAACCAGGAUGCCUCUUGUGCUUUUCAAAAAUUCCCUCUGUAAAAUUGUGUAUAUAGUCACAGAAAGUGCUCAUGUUUGCAGGAUCAGUUUUCUGAAAAGGCUUUGUCAAAUGUUCGACUGUGUUGUUAUCCAAACUGUUCUGAAAUGUGAGGACUCUGCACACCUUCCUUUAAAAGAAAAAAGAAAAAGACAGACUUUUGCAUUAACUUGUGUAGAUUGAUCACAAAAAAAACUGGUGGCAACUCAAAUGUAAUUACAGCAGAACAAAUUAACCGGACUUUGAUGGACACAAACAAGAACUUAACAGACUUGAGGUCAAAGCUGUCGGAUCUUCUUGGUUAUCAAGUCAACGGCUGAAGAGUGAUGCCUGCAAAGAUUUGAGGAUUAAAGAAACUCAACGUUUGGACAACCAAACUGAACAGUAUUGUGUCGUUAUGAUUAAAUCUUUGAUGUAAUAGAAUCAAAUGGUAGUAAUUUGAUCUUUGUUUUGUGAUGGAUGUGCAAUCGUAAAAAUAAAAGUGCACUAAAGACACAUCAUUUGUAUGUAUUUGAAUAGCUUCAUGUGGAUUAUGUUUCUGUCUUCACUCUAAAACAUAUACUCUGAAAUGUCAAGAUAUUGGUCCAUUAUUAGUGUGCCAUAAAGGUAAAUAUUCACCUGACAGCAUGGACCACUGAAAAGAUGCAAGAAGUUUGACUCUUUUUGUUGUAUACUG